AUGGCAUCGACAGACUUAGACGACGAAAUCGCCGCGCUCGAGGCGCGAGCCGAGACCCUCAAGAAGCAAGUCAAACUCGAGGCAUCAACACUCCUAUCAAACAUCACCGCGAGCGAGCUCCUCAACGGUCUGUCAAAGCGUGCCCUCAGAGACCAUAAGGAUGUCCAGGCCUACGCACAGCAGCAGGAAGCCUACAAACAGCAGUGCCUCUACCGCGCAUGCGCCAGCAUCACCACCUUCAAGGUGCGCGACCCGGAUCCGAACGCGGUGGACGGCGGCAAGGUGCUGGGCGUGCGCAUCGAGGUCAUGAACCGCGCAAAGUUCAUCCGGCCUUACUAUGUGCUCCUGAACCGACCGUACGGCGACAGUCGCGGCUUGCGUGUGCACAGGCACACAGUGCCGCCGUGCAUUCCGCUCUCGGGACUCGCGGCGCGGUACCUGCCGCCUCCUGCGAGAGCGGAUGAUGGCGAGCAGCAACGGAGCGCAAAGAAGCAGGAUCUCGCGCGGUUUGUGAGGACGCUGAGACGGGAGAUUGUCAGAUAUCACAAUCGCAUUGCGGUCAUUGCAGAUCUCCGCAAGGCCGUUGGACUCGACGCCAAGAAGAAGAAGGGCAGGAAGAGCCUCGAUGAGAGCCCAUUGGUGGACAUCAGCGCCGCAGACCCGGAGGCAAAGCAAAUCAAGGUCGAGUGGAGAGACGGCCGGACAGGACGUCUCAUUAUCGGCGACGAUGGAGAGGUUGUCAAGCUGCUCGUGUUUGAAGGACAAAGCCGUGAUCGCGAUGCAACACGGGAGCUGCUGGGCGAAGGCACAGCAAGGUUGGAGGACUUGGCCAAGAAGAUGGGGGCUGUUUGA